CCCCUCGCGCCGCGCGGAGCACUCCGGGAGCGCGGUCCUUCACCGCGCCGGCUGCCCGCCCUCAGCCUGAUCCCGCCGCGGCGGCCACCGCUGCCCGCCGAUCCCGCCGCUCCGGCUCCCCUCGCCUGGGGAAGGGCGCGGGGGGCGCUCCGUGAGGGCGGUACCGCCGUGUCCCCCCGGGCGGGGAGGGACGGCCCGUCCGCAGCGCGCGUCACGUGACAGCGGCGACAGCGACGGUGACAGCGCUGGGACCGCGGCCGGGCCGCCACCGCCAUGGGCAUAAAAUUUUUAGAAGUUAUUAAGCCAUUCUGUGCAGUGUUACCUGAAAUCCAGAAACCGGAAAGAAAAGCAGAUUCAGUGGUUGGAGGCAGAGAGCUCCAACCAUUUCUGCUGUAUCUCUCUUAUGUGUUAGUUCAUGUCAUGUUUUAGUAGCUGCUGUACACUUGUCUGCAGUGAACACACUUAACCCUCAGGUUUACAGUCCCUGGAGGAGAGAUCCAGUUCAGAGAGAAGGUACUAUGGACAGCCAUCACACUCUUCAUUUUCUUAGUGUGCUGCCAGAUCCCUUUGUUUGGAAUCAUGUCAUCAGAUUCUGCAGACCCCUUCUAUUGGAUGCGAGUCAUUCUUGCAUCAAACAGAGGUACUUUGAUGGAAUUGGGUAUCUCACCCAUUGUGACAUCAGGUUUGAUCAUGCAGCUGCUGGCAGGAGCAAAGAUCAUUGAAGUUGGUGAUACUCCAAAAGACAGAGCCUUGUUCAAUGGAGCUCAGAAAUUAUUUGGGAUGAUUAUUACCAUUGGGCAAGCCAUUGUGUAUGUUAUGACUGGAAUGUAUGGAGAUCCUGCUGAAAUGGGUGCUGGAAUUUGUCUUCUUAUUAUAAUUCAGCUGUUUGUAGCUGGUUUGAUUGUGUUGCUGCUAGAUGAGUUGCUACAGAAAGGUUAUGGAUUGGGGUCUGGUAUUUCCCUGUUUAUUGCUACCAAUAUCUGUGAAACAAUUGUCUGGAAAGCUUUCAGUCCCACUACCAUCAACACUGGCAGAGGAACAGAGUUUGAGGGUGCUGUGAUUGCAUUAUUCCAUCUCCUGGCCACACGAACUGACAAAGUCCGGGCUUUGCGGGAGGCUUUUUACCGACAGAAUCUGCCCAAUCUCAUGAACCUGAUUGCUACAGUGUUUGUGUUUGCUGUAGUCAUCUAUUUCCAGGGAUUCCGAGUGGAUUUACCCAUCAAGUCUGCGCGAUACCGUGGGCAGUACAGCAGCUAUCCCAUCAAGCUGUUCUAUACCUCCAACAUUCCCAUCAUUCUGCAGUCUGCCUUAGUGUCAAACCUCUACGUCAUUUCCCAGAUGUUGUCUGUUCGUUUCAGUGGCAACUUCUUGGUGAACUUACUGGGACAGUGGGCAGAUGUCAGUGGAGGUGGCCCUGCUCGCUCUUACCCUGUUGGUGGCCUGUGCUACUACUUGUCCCCUCCAGAAUCCAUGGGUGCAAUAUUUGAGGAUCCUGUCCAUGUAAUAGUUUAUAUAAUAUUUAUGUUGGGAUCCUGUGCAUUCUUCUCCAAGACUUGGAUUGAGGUGUCUGGCUCAUCAGCAAAAGAUGUUGCCAAGCAACUCAAAGAACAGCAAAUGGUGAUGAGAGGCCACAGGGAUACAUCAAUGGUUCAUGAGCUUAACAGAUACAUCCCUACAGCAGCUGCAUUUGGUGGUUUGUGCAUCGGUGCCCUUUCAGUACUGGCUGACUUUCUAGGAGCCAUUGGCUCUGGCACUGGCAUUCUGCUUGCAGUCACUAUUAUUUAUCAGUAUUUUGAAAUAUUUGUGAAAGAACAGGCUGAAGUUGGAGGAGUAGGUGCAUUAUUUUUCUAGAUGUCCAAAUAUUUCAUGGUUUUGAAAGGGAAAGUAUUUUGACAACAUGCAUCAUUUAGUCUAAUAAUGCUAUUUUCUUUUUACUUGUUUUCAAGUGCUACGUGUCCCAUUACUGUAAUGGGCAUUGAGCGAUGCCUGUGUGCAGCAUUAGUACCAGCUGCCUUAAGAAUAAAGUUUACAUUAUCUUGUUUAAGUAUUAUCUAGUGUUGCCUGUAAUGCUGGAAACAAUUCAUCUACCUUGCUGUUCAGACACUACAGUGAGAUGAUAAAAUGUAUCAGUUUGAGUGCAGUAAAGUCUUUGCACACAGCAGUAAAGUGUUAAAUUAAUUUCCCUGUCCCUAAUAGAAAGAAAAAGAUACCUGAGUUCAGAUGGCUACAUGCCAGUAUUCCUGACAAAAUUUAUUUGUAUCUGUAUUUUACAUUAAUUUUUUAUACUUUUUUAACUCACAUUUCCCCACCACUGAACUCAGCACUCCUUAUUCCUUUGCUGUGCCUCCACCCAGGCACCUUUCACUGAACUCUGAGGGUGGGAAGCAAACAUUUUACCGGCGGCUGAUACUCAUCUCACCUGUGAACUGGUUCUGUGGUGGAUCUGCUGUGGCCAGGGCAGUCGGGUUCGUGCCCCAGGCCUGCUGUGGGGCAGCCUGGCAGCCGCUGUCAUGCUGGCAGGGCAGCCCAGCCCAGCAGUUCUGUUCAACCAUGUACUUGUGAAAACUGUGCCACUGAAACUUCAUGUCCACUUUGCUUUUGUGAGUGUAAAGAACGAGGCCUGGUUCCUAAAGCAGUUCAUAGGAGGGAAAAGGGGGAACGGGGAGUUCCUGCUGAAAAUUUGUCGCACUUUACAGCGGCGAUGUAACAAACAUAAGCGUUAGACAAUAAACUUAUUUAAUUAAA